CAGCCGAGAGGAGCUCGUGGGCCGGCGAACAAGUGAGUGGCUGGCCGGUUGGUUGGCGCUGCUGCUCGGGGAGGCUGUGCGCUUGGUGCAAUGCAACACCGCGUGGCCGCCUGCAGGGCUCCGCGGCGGACAUGCUGAGCAGGGGAGGAGCCGGCGGGAAAGCGCCAGGCGGGCUCGGCGGCUCCGCAGCAGGGCUGGAGGGAGCGGGCGCCGCCAGCUCGGCCUUCGCCUUCCGCAGCAGGUGGAUCCCGCAGGCGCGGCUCCAGGGAUGAGCCCCGCGGGCGCGCCGUCUCCUAUCGCCCCGGUCAGCGCGCGCUCACCGCCGCCGUCGCCAGGGUCGGACCCUGCGCUCCCCCCGAUGGUUCCCGCCCGCCUGCUUCUCUGUGACAGGGACGUGACCUUCCCUGGCUGAGCCUUACGAUGUGGGGUCAGGAUGCCUCGGUGCCCCGACGUCGUCUGGCGCAGCCUUGCAGGGGCGCUUCUUCGCUGCUGGUGCUGGUGCUGAGCUUGGCCCUUGCCCGGAAAGGGGGCUCGGCGGCACACUGCCCCAGCAAAUGCGUCUGCGCCAGCAACAUCAUCAGCUGCUCCAAGGCCAACCUGAGUGUCUUCCCCCAUCCCCUUCCCUCGUACGCGGCAGUCCUGGACUUCAGCUACAACCAGCUGACGCGCCUGCGGGCGGAGUGGGCGCCUUCCCCGCUUCAUCACCUGCACUCCCUGUUCCUCAGCCACAACGGCCUUUCCUUCGUCUCCACGGAGGCCUUCACCAAUGUCCCUCACCUCAAGUACCUGGACCUCUCCUCGAAUAGCAUCCAGGAGCUGGGGGAGAACCACUUCAGCCACCUGGUGGAGCUGGAGGUGUUGCUGCUCUACAGCAACAAGAUCUCCAAGAUUGACCGGACGGCUUUUGAAGAGAUGACCAAGCUCCAGAAGUUGUACCUGAGCCAUAAUGCCAUCGGCCGCUUCCCCCAAGAGCUGUUGAAAAAAGACGAGGCUGGCUUCCCGGAGCUGGCCUUGCUGGACCUGUCUUGCAACAAGAUCAAGGAUAUUUCCGUGGACGAGGUGAACAAGCUCCCGGCCUGGGUGAAGAACGGCCUCUACGUCCACGGCAACCCUCUCACCUGCCAGUGUUCACUUUACAACCUCUUCACCCACUGGCAGAAGCGGCAGCUGAGCUCCGCCAUGGACUUCAAGGAGGAACUCAAGUGUUUUCUCCAGAAAGACAGCAAAAGCAUCAAAAUCUCCAGCCUCAGUGGCCCAGGGGGGCUGAACUGCAGCGAGUUCAAGGAACAAGUGCUGGAGGUCCAUCGCGGGGAAGAGGUGAUCAUCAACUGCGACACGAGGCAGCGAGGGGUGAUGAUCAGAGAAUGGAUGACCCCCCGCUAUGAACGUGUCCCCCAGGAGGGCGACAACAGCUCCAUGACCAUGCUGACCAAUGGGAGCCUUCAGAUCAAAAACAUCAGUGUGGAGGACAUGGGUCCGUAUACCUGUUAUGCGGUCAGCCAGGUGUUCAACGAAACCCUCUAUGUGCACGUCACGGUCCACAACUACUCCUUGCACGGGACCCCGGACACCCUCAACACCGCCUACACCACUCUGGUGGGCUGCAUCCUGAGUGUCAUCCUCGUGCUCAUCUACCUUUACCUGACCCCCUGCCGUUGCUGCUGCCGCAACAGUGAGAAGCAGGCCAGCCAGCGCGAGGACAGCAUCAACUCCUCGGUGCUCAGCACCACUCCCAACCACAACACCGGCGGGGGCAAGGAAGGGCUGAACCGCCACAUGGCGCCUGGCAACGCGCAAGGCCAGAACGGCAAAUGCAAAGCCAACAGCUCCCCCAAGCAGGCGUCUAAAGGGUCCCAGAAGGCAGAGCGGAAGAUGUCGGAUGCGGACUCGGUCAGCUCUGUCUUCUCCGACACGCCCAUCGUGGGGGCCUCGCAGGGCGAAGGCGGGAGAGGAUCCGGCAGGGAUAAGGCAGGGGCCGAAUUAGUGGGGCUGCUGUGAUCGUUCUGACACUGGGAAACAAGGCGGAGGAUGCAGCCCCAUCCCUUAAGGCAUAACAAUAUUCUCUGGUACUGUUCUCCGACCUGCCACAGUAUGUAAUGGCGUUGCUUUGUUACUUUCCUCCCGUCGAGCCCACAGCCCAGUGUCGAAAACCUUGAUCUCCCAAUAUUGCUCUUGAAGCACAGUCUUUCCCGAGCCCUCCGUUUCUUUGGAAUGACACGGUUUUUCAGAUCGCCCUCAUGGGAACUUUUGUGAGCAUCUCAGCCACAGGCAAAAGGUCCAGCAGACUUAGCUAGGUUUUCCUGCAUUCUGCUGUUACUUUUGCUUACUUUUCCUGGAUGGGACAUUCCUCCCAAGUCCCUGUACAGGUAUGAAUACCAGAAGAGCAGCCCCGGCUCAUCAUCUGCAGCAGAAAUGGCAGUGUCACCUUCAGAGACUUAACAAUUAAGGUGGCAUAAGCUUCCAUAGGUGGCAGCCUGCUUCAUCGGAUGUUACAAAGUGGGCCUAGAAACCAAGGUUUUUGUUCGCCUUCAUGCAAAUUAAAUCACAUUCAUCUCCACAGUAGCUCCAGAGAUGGCAGUAACCCCAAUUAGCCACGGUAUUGUGGGAGUGGGGUGGGGGAAGUUAACUUUUUUAAAAUGGCUCAAUAAUAUUUUUUUUAAUAUAUCUAUAUCUAUAUAUAUAUAUAUAAACUCUUGCUACAAACAAUUAUUUAUUUAUUUAUUUUUACAGAAAACAGAGGUUCCCACCAUUACCAGGCUUUUUUCAGGACAUAAUUCAAAUAUUUUUUCUAGUAAGCAGGCAGACCUGUCUUGGAAACCUCUGCUCUCCCUUUUUUUUCUUUUGGUGGGACUAUGACAGAGAUAAAAACUGAAUUUUUAAAGAAACAUAGUAGAGAGGAGAGGUUAGUUAUGCAGUCAUUUCUUCACUAGGAAGCUUUUGUUAAAACAUAAAAGGAGCUAAACCCAAAACUUUUAACCUUUGUGGCACCAAAAUGCAAGAAGGGAACCAACAGCCUUGGGAGCUGGCAAGGUGGGAUUCCACAUCCCCGACACCCAUCCUGCUUGCUCCAAGAAGCAGCAGAAACAAGAACGUGGCGUGGCAUGUCCCAGAUCUCCUGCUUUCCCCUCUCCGCAGCCUGCUUAGCAGAUUCCCAUUACUGUAGCCACCCAAUGGGUCAAGCUGGGGGUCCAGAGCGCAGCUCUCCAUCCUUGCAAAUUUGGAGGCUGUGGGAGGCUAUCUAGAUCUUGGAAAUCCCAAAGCCAUUGGGCAGCCUCUUCACCCUGCUGUAGGAGACCAAGGGGCCGACAACCUCCAGGUCCUUGAUGGGGAAAGCAGCUGAAAUGAAGGUGCCACUUGGCUCCCGUCAACAGCCAUGUUUAGGAGUGUUUCCACCCAAAAAGAGGCCUUCCUGAAAUAUGUAUGUGCUUCCUUUGAGCCUCGCCCUGUGACAUAUGCCACAGUAUGCGACUCAGGCAGUGGGGUGCAGAAGCGGCAGAGAAGAGGGAGAAAGACGGAGCAUUCGAGAUAGGUCUCUGUAUUAAAUAUCUGGAAUUGCACUGACUCUGCUUUUUGUGGGCCAGUUGGCAUGACUUCACUGGAGGUGAAGCAAUUGCAGUGAGAAGGUCCCUGUGCAAGGCAGGUGACUUAACCCUGCACCUAUUCUCAAGGGAUCUAACAGAGAAGGCUGGAUCCCACCUGCUCUGUCCAACUCAGAAUGCCCCAUUGGAAAUGGGUGGGUUUGAAAAGCCAUGUGGGGUUGCCAAGGAGAGGGAAAGGCCCUUGAGAUGGUCACCUUGCAAAGGUUUCGCUUUGAUCUGCAUUCAGGCUCCAUUGCUGCCCACAGUCAGUUUAUCUGUUGGCUGAAGUGGGAAGUGAAAAGGGAGAGUUCCUGGCUGGCGUGCAGAGGUGACACUAUAAGCCAUAAGAAUGUAUUGCACAAAUCUGUGAAUGGGUCCAAAGCAGCGAUGAGUCCUGAAGAGCACAGCUCUGCGCUAUAGCCAUAUGAACCCUGCUCACAGCCCUGAGGCUCAUUGCAAUCAGUCAGUUAGGGAGACGCCCAAGAACAACCAGAGCCCAAAGUGAAGAUGGAAGUCAUUUGUCAGAGGCAAUUCUCCCAUCUUAACUGACUCGCUCUGGGGCUUCUUUCUGCUUGCUUUCUCUGGCAUGUUAUUGGGAAGGAGAAGUCCUCUAAUUGAAGCAGCAAUCCAAUUGAGAUGCCUGCAAGCCAGAAGAGGGAGAAAAAGAAGAGGCUGGGGAAUUAAUAGAAUGAGAUGGAUGAAAUUGUGAGGAUGGUGAAAGCAGGGAAAGUUUAGCAAUAAGACAGCUGAUUUUUAUAAAUCUGUGGUUGAAUUCUCUCUAGCUCAUCUGGAGCCGUGGUAGGUUGCCAUGUUCUGACCCCCUUUGUCCCUUUACAGAUCUCUUCUGUCAAUCUGCUUUCUGAAAUUUCCAGACACCAGGAGCAAAAUCAGAACUAUUUUAGAGUAAGGAAAGGACAGGACAGAGUUUUCCCUGUGCAUGUUUGCUGGAUGAGGGAACAUAUCAACUAGGGCUGUUGAUGUAAAUACAAAAAAAAAUUUGAUGACCUUGUACUGUAACAGUAUAGGCUACAUACCGGUAUUUAUUCAUGCUAGGACAUUUAAUAGCUGUGAAGCUCUUAUACUUCUCGGGGUGGGGGUGGGGGUGUCAGGGAACGUGAGAGCUCCUUUUGGCUACCUGUUGACUUCACUACUGCUUAACGCCUUUGCUUCUUGGGCUGGAAAUAUCCAUGCUGCAGAUAAUGGAAAAAAAAAUCACAGAUUGCACUCUUAUCAGAAAGCUAUCUGCCUUCCCCAUCUGCAAGCUCUUAUAGAUGGGAUAAAGGGAGAAGGGUUUGCAGCCUGAAUCCCUACAGACCUCAAUCAGCAUAUGGCUAAAGGGCCACAGAUACAUAGUGCAGAUGCACUGGUGUCAACUCUCUCAUGCGCACAGCAUGUAUCUAUCACAUUUAAUAGGGAGGGGGGACAUACAAAGUUGCCUCAUGCUGGAUAAGACCAUCUGUCCAUUUAGCCAAGUAGUAUCCACUUUGGCCGGCAGGGACUCUCCCAAGGUCACAGACAAAGGUUUUCCCCAAACCUGGUAUCUGAUAUUGGUCUUGGACCUGGGACUUUUUGCAUGCAGGCCUAGGCUAUCUUAAGCAGCUGCCCAGUGCCCAGUUCUUGUCUACUGGAGAUGGGUGAGCAGAAUGCUAACAUGAGUUGAAGUGAGGAUGGAAGCAGCCUAUGUUUCAGUAUGCACAUGUGUGCAAGUACGAAUUAGCAUGUGUGGGUACCCACACUUUUAAACCCCUGUUCAUAGAAUCAUAGAGUUGGAAGAGACCACAAGGACCAUCCAGUCCAACCCCCUGCCAAGCAGGAAACACCUCCUAGCCUCUAAUGUUAUGCUAGAAAAGCUUGGUGCUUAAGUUGUGCGAGUAGCAGGACUAACCUCCAGAACCUUUCUAGGGAGAAGGAACACGGACUAGUAGGAUUGUCUUUGCAUGGUCAAUCUGCUUCAGCAAACCUUUUUCACUCCUGUUCCUCUUUGAAGAGCCAUAAAUACCCAUACUUGUUACUAGAGUGAUCCCUUGUGAUGCUUUCCCAGGAUUCCUUCAUCCACCAAAGAGGAAGCAGAACAGAGGACUCUGGGAUAUCCCCCAUGUCACUGAGCUUGAUCUGGGCAAAUUUACUUCUUCAUGUGGAAAUACCCUUGGCGGUGUGAGGCAAGGAGCCCAAAGUUUUAGACACCACCAUGUGUGACAUGAACAGCUCAUACCGGGCUAUGAACAAAGAUUCAGUUCAGUAACCUUUGGGGUAUGUUUUAUUAACCUGGUCACAGGGAAAUAUGCAGAAGGAAACCUUGCAAGUGUUGGUUGCCAGGAGCUGACAUUGUUGGGAACUUGCUGAGGUCCACACCAUUUCUUACUUCCGAGCCUUCUGGCCCUACCACUCUUUCCCCCUUGCUGUCACUGCCUGUUCUCCUGCCCACUCAGAGCACGUGCGGAAUGGGAAGAGGGAGCAGGCGGAGCAGUAUCUGCUGUGUGCCUUGCAUUCUCCAUUGGAGGGGUUGUGUGACAACAGACAAAUAGGCAGCAGGGACAAUCUUGUCCAAGCAUAUCCCAUUCCCGAAACCCAGAGCUAGCACCAUUGGGAGGAGAUUUCAUAGCUGCCCUCUUCUGAUGCUCAUCAGGGACGGGGUUGGGGGCCAAAGUCUUAGUGGCACGACCCCCAUCCUUCUCAGGUCACUCCUUGCACCCUCUUGGUUAAAGCAGUGAAGAAAGGAGCUCUUUUUGCUCCUGUCCUACAGGUGGGUGUUGCUAUGCCUCAUCACUAAGGCAACCUUUUUUAUUCCAUCGAAACUGGCACAGUCACGAGUGGAUGCCACCCACAUGGUUUCCCUGUUGUAAACUCUAGGCUGGUUGCUGAAAGGGAGGCUCUGCCUGCUCUCCACGGGGUGCCAGAACCACUUGCCUCUCAGCAAACCACCCGCUUGUGCCUGCUGUCUGUGUGCAACGUGCCACAGGGUCCCUGCUGAGAAUCUAAAUAUGCUCUGAGUCCACACUAAGCUGCCAGGAGAGAAAUAUCUUCCUUCCCUUACUGGAUAGGGCAUCCAAAGGAGUAUAUAUAUUUAGUGGAGGUAAGAAUAAGGAACACAGCUAGAAAUAGCUGCGCUAUGGUUGUGGGUACUGAAGUCCUCCUUAGGAUCAUGCACUGGGCCUGGUGUUUACUUUGGUUAAACAGCAUAAAGUGCUUGAUCCUAACAGAAGAGAAUCCCUUGGUGCUGCUUCCUAGCUGUUUAAAGAGAGAGAAUGUGAGUGAAUUCCCCCCCCCACUGCCAUAAUAUGCAGCGCGCUCCUUCAGACAAGCAGAAAACAAAUAGGCUUUUCCCCAUUUAGUUUGACCUUCUGGCUUGCUCAUUAAUGAUUGCCAUCUUUG